AUGCGCUCCUUCCACCAAAUCCCUCUCGCGCUCUGCGCCCUUGUCGCAACCGCUGUGGCGACCACCUCCCAAGACACCAUCAGUUACGAUGCCACCGUCUACAUCACCUCGACCAUCACCCGCAUCAACACCGUCACUGCCAGCUCUUCUCCCACCGGCGCCCCAGUCAACCAGACCUCGACCAUCGUCGCCAGCCACCCCUCCGUUGCGCCCUCUUUCAGCUCUUUGAGCUCUUUGAGCUCUUUCAGCUCUUUCAACGCUGGCAACGCUACCAGCGUCGCGCCCACUGCUGCUCCCUCGGCGCCCACUGCUGCCCUCCCCAGCGCUUCCGCUCCUGCCGCCUUCCCUGGCGCCGCCUCUUCUCUCACCGCCAAUGCCUACCUUGCCCUCGUCGCUGCUGGUCUUGGCUACCUCGUCCUCUGA